AUGAUUGCCGCGGUACUUGGACGAGUCAAAAGCAUGAAGAUUCUUGGACUUGAAGAGGCUAUUAGAUCCCUGAUUUCCCACCUGCGGAAUCGAGAGAUCGCCAUGUCAAAACGCCUGAGAUGGAUCAUGGUGGCGUAUAACGCGAGCGCUAAUGCUUUGGGGAUAUUCUCUCCUGUCGUGACGUUGGUACUUUUUGCAAUCUUCCGCAAGGAAGACGUCGCAUUGGAUCCUGACACUGUCUUUACCUCCAUUGCUCUCCUCGCACUUGUCACGCACCCGGCGAAUAUGGUAAUGACUUUGAUACCUCGCGCAGUUGCAUCUUUGGCGAACUUUGAAAGGAUACAGACGUAUCUAACCAAAGAACCACUACUGGAUCAACGGGUUCUUAUGCCACCAAAGGCCGCCGCUGAAAGUCACCACCGGCUUGAGGCUGACCAGCGGCCCGCAAUCUUGAUGGAAGAUGUCAUAAUACAACCGUCUUCUACCUCACCUCCCGUUCUACAAGACAUUAAUUUGCGGAUGGAUAGGGGUUCGAUCUUCAUGUGUUCGGGACCAGUAGGUAGUGGCAAAUCGAUACUCGCCCAUACCAUCCUUGGAGAAAUCCCGCCCAGUGAAGGAAACAUUGCUGUUGCAGACGAACCUAUCGGGUAUUGCAGCCAGAUAGUCUGGCUCCCCACUGCCUCUAUUCGCGAUGCCAUCUGUCAAGGGGUCACUGCAGUGGACAAAGACUGGUAUAACACUGUCAUUGAAGCCUGUGGACUCAACACAGAUAUGGAAACGUUGGUCGACAGAGACAUGACAUGGGUUGGAAGCGGUGGCAUCAAUCUUUCAGGGGGACAGAAAUCUCGCGUUGCUCUGGCUCGUGCUGUCUACUCUCGCUGCUCUGUACUGGUCUUGGAUGACCCCUUCAGUGCCUUAGACGGGGAAGUCGAAAGCCAUGUUAUCGAAGCCUUACUUGGUCCUCAAGGAAUUCUUCGUAGAAGCCGCACGAGCGUGUUUCUUGUUACUAAUAGUGGUAAGUCCGAGAGUUCCAACUUUGCUGUCAUCGUGUUCUGA